UGAACUCAUUAUUAAUCAGAGCGGUGGCAUCGUCUCCCUCUGUCUUGUCGGGCCUGCGGGCAGGUAUAGCAUCCGACAUGACGCGCAUUUCUGCACAGGACGUUCGGCCUAUCAUGUGUGCUCAUGAGGAACAGAAGAGACCAUGCCGACAGCUAUGACGCUACUUGCCGGCUGUUCUGUAUCGACGCGCAACGAUAUGCUUCACCCUGAACUCCAUACGUGUAAAUGGCUGCCCUGGUUGCAGCUAGCGACAAUUGAAUCUUCAUUCUGCGUUCUCCCAGGCCUACAGACCGUAAGCCCUGGUCACCAUCGGAUAUUGUUUGUCCUGAACGUGUGCAUCUCGGCAUAAAGCUGGCAGUCGCAGUGCUCUCUCCAGACAGGUUUAUGACAUGCCUCCUCCAUUCUUCAGCAAUGAAGCGCCACUCCAAGUACACUCACGCUCGGCGUCCUCGUCGACUUGUUGUGGUCUUUCGCCAGACAUUGUAGUCAUCAAGCUUCGCACUACAGUGGUCAUUCCCGAUUACAAUCUGUACUACACCACGCCCAUAGACUCAUUCGAACCGCCCUACCACGCUCUCGCCGAUGGCUCACUCAUCGCAACGCCUUUCAUAGUGGACUUACGGAACGCAAAUCUUGUCCUUGUCCUGCUUAGUGCUGCUGCAGCAUUCUUCGCAAUCAACACACUCUGGGCGAUCACGUUCCUCCGCAGAGGCAACAUAAAGAAUAAAACCUUACUCUACGCUCUACUCACCAGUCAAGCAGUCGGCAUCCCAGCGAUGGUGUCUCUCGUGGCGACUUACUUCGACCAAUUCGCAAACUGUACCACCAUCAGUAUUUUUGUCAAGACUUGUACGGGAGUAUCCCACAGCCUACUGGUACGUAUGCCCUUAUGUGGCAUAUACUUUAGGAUAACGAUUGUUUGACACGUAGGUGACGGGUAUACUGGGAUACAAAGCGUAUCGCUGUCUGAACAGCUCCCGCCUAGUCUUGGCCGCCUUGUCUGUCCUGAGGGCUAUAUUAAUUGGUUUACUGGUUGCCAAUAUGGUAAAGUCGCGGGUAUCCCGCAGACUGUCAGGCAAGUCUGACACGUUUAUCAUAUGCCCCG